AUGGCAACUCCAACUACAGAUGCCUGCCUGGAGAAGGAGGACCUGUCUGUGAUGCACAGACGCGGCAGCAACACGCAUGCCGACGCCAACGAGAGCUGUGUCGAGACCAUCGACGCCAAAACCGAACGAAAAUUGCUGCGCAAGCUUGACAUGUAUUUCGUCCCCAUCAUCAUGUUUGUCUACCUCACCUGCUUCCUCGACCGUUCCAACAUUGGCAACGUCAAGGUCGCCGGCAUGCCCGAGGACAUUGGCGCAUCGCCCAAAGAGUUCUCGACGGCCGUGUCCAUCUUCUACGCCACGUACGUCGCGUUCGAGCCGCCGUGGAGCAUCAUGAUGAAGUGGAUGACGCCGCGCAUCCUCCUCACCAGCCUGUGCGUCGUCUGGUCGCUGUGCACCAUCUUCACGGGCUUCAUCCACAACGUGGCGGGCCUCUACGCCGUGCGGCUCAUCCUGGGCGCCUGCGAGGCGGGCCUGUUUCCGGCGCUGAACCUGUACCUGACCAUGGUGUACAAGCGCCAGGAGCAGGCGAUCCGCGUGUCGUACCUGUUUGUCUGCACGGCCAUUGCGGGCGCGUUUGGCGGCCUCUUGGCCUACUGCCUGCUCAAGAUGGACGGCAUCUCGGGCUUGGCGGGCUGGCGGUGGGUGUACAUUAUCGAGGGCCUCUUCUCGAUGCUCGUGGCGCCGCUCAUCUGGUUUGGCCUGCCGAAUGACCCGUCCAACGCGUACUUUCUCACCGAGGAGGAGAAGCGCAUCAUGAGGGUCAGGGCCGUUCAGCGAGCGCAGUACAUGGGCAGUGAAGAGUUUAGCUGGGAGGAAAUCCGCAUUGGGCUGAAAGACCCGAAACUAUACCUGAGCGGAGCAAUCCAGUUCUGCCAAGACAUUCUUCUUUACGGCUUUAGCACCUUUCUUCCGUCCAUCAUUGUCAGCAUGGGCUACACUGUCAUCCAAGCACAGUACCUGAGUAUACCGGUCUAUAUCUUCGGCGGCCUCGCAUUUCUGACCGCGGCCUACAUAUCGGACCGUUACUGCAUCCGCGGCCCCUUGCUCUGGCUGACCAACCUACCGGGCAUCGUCGGGUACGUCCUCAUCAUCUGCUCCGCCCACAACGGGGUCAAGUUUCUGGGCACCUUCCUGUGCGCCGUCUCAGUGUACAAUGGGCCGGGCUUGAACCUGACCUGGCUGAAUGUCAAUGUGGCCCCGCACUAUCGUCGCGCGACGGCGAUUGGCAUGCAGCUCAGCAUUGGCAACUCGGCCGGCGUUGUGGCGGGCCAGAUCUACCGCAGCGCACCGUACAAGCUGGGCAACAUCUUUUCUGUCGCCGCGUUGGGGGCCUCACAGAUAAUCAUUGUUGCGAAGUGGCUGUACCUCCGCCAGCAGAACCGGCAAAAGGAGAAUUAUUUGACGGGGGCAGAGGAUCGUCGUCGGGUUCGAACUGGCGACCGGGCGCCUGAUUUUGAAUAUCAUCUUUAG